AUGGAACAUUUCCCCGAUACGGUCAUUAUCUCUCCAUCGCUUUCCGGUUUCGAAAUACAAGCCGAUAUUGCCACGCCGUUGGAGACUAUGGAAAUCGAUACAUCGUUUCCUGAGCAUUCAAGUCAGGAGUCUAUUUUACCACCAAAUUUUGAUCGCGCUAAUCGUGAGUUCACGAAGCGGUUCAUGGAUAACGUGUUCGGUGCUGUAUGCGACAUAUGCGACAGACUAUGGUUUACCAAUGAUUUGAAACCAUUGACAGAAGUGGGUGCGGCUGCGUUGGUUGACAGUGGAUCUUUUCAAUCCGUUGAAGGAUUUUUGGCUUGCCAGACUUGCCAAAGCAAUCUGAAGCGAGGAAAAGUUCCGGCUUUCGCAAAAUCGAACGGUUUCGCAUUUCCAGACAAGCCAUCUGGACUGCCACCACUUGAUGUCGUCACGGAACGGUUGGUAUCCCCUCGGUUGCCAUUCAUGCAAAUCCGCCGAUUGCGAUUUGCAGCAGGCAGCUAUUCUAUUAUCGGGCAAGUGAUCAAUUGUCCCGUGGAUGUUGCACAAAUGGUACACUCUCUUCCCCGUCAGCUCGAUGAUGAUCAGGCCUUCAACGUGUUCAUCAAAAAGCACGUAAUCCAUAAGUCAUCGUACUUGUCCGGCUUUAUAAAGAAAACUACGGUUAAAGCGUGGCUUUCUUAUUUGAUUACGACACCACUGUAUCGCCACUACGGGAUCACAAUUGAUCAGAUCGCCAUAGAUGAUCUUGAAACCCCUGCAGUGGAUCCUCAAAUUGAGCUGGAAACCAUUGCCGUGGAUAACGAGACCGAAUUGCUGCUCGGGCAACAGGAAACGCUCCUUUGGAAUGAGGACAAAUGCCUGGAGAUCGCUCCCGCGCAAAACAGGGUUCCUCUGUCAUUGAUUUACGACGAGCACGGUGAAGAGCUAGCUUUUCCUGCCAUAUAUUUCGGCCAUCCACGGAAAUUCAAGCCAGGUGUUCGGGUGACAUAUUUCAUGAUGGCAUCCAGUGAAACUCGUCGCCGAGACAGGCGUGGGGCCAAACCACAACAUUUGUUGUAUAUGGCAAUGAAAGUUCUUCGCCUUAGAGUUUCCGAAGGCUUGCAAUGCACUUUUAAGUGCAUGGGGACCGCGAAUAUUACACGUGCCAACCUUAAGGACCGCGAAUUCAUGGAGCAGUGCAUUGAUCGAAAUCUAUCCUUCCUCAAGUCAAUACCGAAUUCAGUACAGUAUUGGCAACAAAGGAAGAGAGAUUUGUUCGCCAUGAUGCGACAAUUGGGAAAGCCUACGAUGUUCCUCACACUCAGUGCAAAUGAGAUGAAGUGGCCCCAUUUGUUGAAGCUCCUACAUCGAUUGUCAGAGGGACACAAUGGCAAUGACUUAACAGAUCCUAUCCAGGAAUUGACUGCAUUACAAAGAGCAACUCUGGUCAAUGACGAUCCAGUCACGUGCUGUGUGUACUUCAACAAGCUGGUUGACACUAUCAUGCUCCUGCUGAUGUCGCGGCACUACAGUCCAUUCGGAAAGCACUAUGUGGCCGAUUAUUUCAAGCGGAUUGAAUUUCAGCACCGUGGAAGUCCUCACGCGCACAUCUUGCUAUGGCUGAACAAGGAUCCCCGGGAAGCAAUCAGUGAAAAUAUGCCAAAAACCGUACAGCUGAUUAAAGAUCUCUGUUCCGUUAGCGUCAGAGAUUUGCCGAAUACUUACGGGUAUCAAGUAAGAUCAAUGUUAUUAUGUAUUUAA